AUGGAGAAAGGUGCUGGGGAGGUCAAGGGAGCUCCAGAGAAGUCAAGCUCUCCUUCCAGCGUGCAUUCGGUCGAACCUGAGGAUGUCGCCGUGGACCCCAAGCUGGAGGCCAGAGUGGUAAAGAAGAUCGACAGAGUCGUUCUCACUGUCUUCUUCUUCAUCGCCAUGUUUCAAUACUUGGACAAAAUAGCCCUCAGUUAUGCUGCCAUUUUUGGGAUGGAGAUUGAUCUUUCCUUCGUCGGCCAAGAUUACUCCUGGUGUUCCUCGAUAUUCUACUUUGGCCAGCUGCUCUCCGAGUUCCCCAUCAUGAGUUUCUUGCAUAUCUUCCCGAUCAAGAUAUUCGUCGGAUGUACUGCUAUUGCGUGGGGUGCAGUGAUGAUGAUGUCAGCCUUGCCCACCAACUUCACCGGCAUGAUGCUCGUUCGGUUCUUCCUGGGCGUAACCGAAGGCGCUGUGUCACCAGGCUUUGUCGUAUUGACAUCCAUCUGGUGGAAGAAAAGCGAGCAUCCUAAUAGGCUAGCCGUCUUCGUGUCCGCGAACGCAUUUGCCCAGAUCGUUGGAGGACUCCUUCUUUACGGAUGUGGCUCCAUCACAGGUGCCACCAUUGCGGGCUGGCGAAUUUCAAUGCUCAUCGCAGGGGGUGUCACCCUGAUCCUCGGAAUCAUCCUCACGAUAAUCGUUCCAAAGGCGCCCGCGAGCGCUUGGUUCUUGACCCCGGAGGAGAGGGUAUGCGCAGUGCAGAGAGUAGCGAGAGAGCACGCGUCGGCACAGCACAAGGAAUGGAGGAAUGACCAGAUGAUUGAGACAUUGAAGGACCCCAAGUUCUACCUCAUCUUUUUGUGGGCUAUAUGUGUCUGCAUGACCUCGGUUGUCUCGUUUGGCUCCAUUGUCAUCAAUGGUCUAGGGUUUGACGAGUUCAGAACGGUUCUCAUAGGCCUUCCUGGCCCUGGCCUCCAACUCAUCUGCAUAUGGGCCGGUGUUGCCGGAAGCUGGGCAUUCCCCAACAGCCGUGGUUUCAUCCAAACACUUCUGAUCAUUCCACCGUUGAUUGGCGUCAUCAUGAUGUCCACUCUGCCUUAUUCCAACAAGUGGGCAUUGACGGGGGGUUACUGGCUAGCGACAUGCGAGUCGAGCAUCUACGUUAUGAACAUGUCUCUUAUCGCAAGUAACUUCAAGGGCCACACGAGGAAGACAAUGGUCUCGACAGUUUACUUCAUUGGAUAUGCCGCGGGAUGCAUCGCUGGUCCGCAGCUCUUCCUCUCAACAGAAAAGCCGCUUUACCCGACCGCCAUGCACACCUGCAUCGCACUCUAUUGCAUCUACAUUGUCGCGCAAUUGACCUACUGGUACCUCUGCAAACGUGAGAACGCCCGCCGCGAUAGGUUGGUGGCGGAGGGCCACCCUGAUGCUUUACCGAGACCAGCGAGCGAGGAGGACAACAGAACGGAUCUACAGGAUCUGGCGUUCCGUUAUGUGUUGUAA